UGUUCUGCUGACAGGUCUUUUUUUCACCUUAUGCUAUUGUAAUACGGGGCAUUUUACAUCUUUCACAACCAUUCUGUUUUGCAGGUCAACUCUUUCUGCAGGUCUUGCAGAUCACAUCAUUAAACAUGUUUUGGCCCUUGUCAGUGAUUCUGGCUCUUACCUCAGUGGUUGAUGCCUGUCCAAUACCAUGUAAAUGUGAAGAUUUUGACAUUAUAAUAUGCUCAAGCCAGAAACUUCUGGAGGUCCCUUAUCUGCCUCAGGGUACCAGGCAAUUAUAUGCCACAAAUAACAUGAUUGAAGCUCUCCCAAAUGAAGGUUUGGAAGAAUUGUUGGUUCUCGACCUCACCAAGAAUGUCUUCAAUAUGUCACUGAAUACCAACUGGCAGAACAUGAGCAGACUUUCAAAGCUAUUUCUGAGUGAAAAUGGACUGAGUACAUUAGGACCAAGACAAUUUCAUGGGUUGCUGAACCUCCAAGUGUUGGAUCUCAGUGACAAUUGCAUUAAAACUCUUCCUCAGAUGUUUCUAUAUGGUCUGACCAAGCUUCAAAUCCUCUAUUUGAAUAUGAACGAGAUAUUUAGUUUAUCUGAUGGGGUCCUGGAGGGAGCUCCUGCCCUUAUGGACCUUCAACUGAGAAAUAACAUGAUCGAGAUGAUCGAGGUGGAUGUAUUUGAGAACUGCACCCAUCUAGCUAAACUCUAUCUGUCAAUAAACAACCUAAAAAAUGUAGGCAAUGGGAGUUUUAAGGGUGCCAUAAGGCUACAGCAUCUCGAUCUUAGUCGAAAUGGACUAGAUGCCAUACCUACCAGUGUCCUUCAGGAUACAUCAAACCUCAGUAGCCUCUAUCUUCAAAAAAAUUCCAUAACUUCAAUUCCUGAGGACAUUUUCACUAAGGUUCCAGCACUGAGGCAUUUGGAUAUGAGUCAUAAUGCUCUUGUUUCUAUGUCUGACGGUUCCCUCAGAGGUCUUUCCCAGUUGGGCGCAUUGGAUUUGAGUUUCAACAAGUUAGGGACACUUACGCCACAUGUGUUUCAAGACUUGGGGAAGCUUGAGAACCUUAAUUUGUAUCACAACAAUCUGAUGUCCCUUCCGAACAUCGUGUUUAACAACUUAAGCAGGGUAACUGAGCUCCUGCUGGACAACAAUAAUAUUUCUGCUAUUCCACUAGACCUAUUUUACCCACUUUCAGCAUUGCACGAUCUACAAUUGGACAACAAUCGCAUUUCGGAGCUCCACUCACACACGUUUAUGAAGCUGAGGAAGCUUAAGCAUCUCGAUCUUAGCAACAACACCCUUGUGAAGAUUCCCAAGUACCUCUUCAGAAGGAAACAUCAUCUGAGGGAUCUCAAUAUGGAAAACAAUCAUAUCCACUCCAUUCCAGAGUUGUCCUUUAAAGGUUUAGUCAGACUACGGACUCUGAAACUCAGCAACAACCACCUGGCAAGACUAUUUACAGAGCUACUGACUAGCCUUAGUCAUUUACGGGAGUUAUGGCUGAACAACAACCAGAUUGAAACCAUCCCUAUUGGAUUUUUCACAGGUCUUAUGGACCUGAGGGUUCUAGAUAUGUCCAACAAUAAGUUGCAUUUCAUCUCCUCCGAUAUCUUCAAAGAUCUGUUCAAACUGAAAGAGCUGGAUCUGAGCUUUAAUACUCUCAAAAAGCUUCCAGAUGACAUCUUCACAUCUUUGAGAAAUCUCACAUUACUCCACCUGCAAAACAACCAGCUGACACACUUGCCCACCAAAGUGUUUUCUGCUCUAGCCAAGUUGGACGAGCUCCAUUUGGACAGAAACCAUCUCCAGCAUAUUCAUCCAGCACAGUUUCAAGGCUUAGUGAAUUUACGUGAACUCGAUAUUAAAUUUAAUCAACUGCGCUCAUUGGAAAAUGGGACUCUGAUGCCUUUAGGAAACCGAACACUUAUCCAUCUUGACGGGAAUCCAUGGGAUUGCUCUUGUGUGUCCAUUCUGUAUCUAAGUAAGUGGUUUAACAAUAAUACUCAGUUGGUAAAACCUACACCCAUGUGCUCUUCUGGCCAGAAUCUCUCCUACCCAGCUCUUUUCCCAUCAUCGUUAUCAAAGCAUUGCACAAGUUCAGCCUGUUUCUCUUUAAAUAUGGAGAAACUGAUGGCUCUCCUUUUUUUCUUUCAGGGUUUGCUUUUCUUAUGAAAUUGCUGUGCUAUGCUAAACGACCAUAUGUGUGGUUAAAGUGUUGAGAAAAGAAACCACCACAGCUUGUGUGCAAAGGAUUAAUGCUUUUAACAUAUCUGAAAUGCAAAUGUUCAUCAGAGAACAUGACUAUAUUCCAUAAAACACUGAAAAUGUUAUGUAUCGGAGAUUUAAUGUUUUACAUUAUUAUUCCAUAAAAUAAACUGCUAUGCUGAAUACUUGCAGCCUAUUCUCAGAGUGUGUGACAAGACAAAGCGUUUAAA